GUGGGCCGACCUCUACAGAAGUGUGUGCGUGUUUGUGUGUGCGUCUCCCCUCACAAACUCACAACGUGAUGAGACGUGCUAGUUAACGGGUUUUUAUGUGCUUUUUUUUUUGUAUUAAAACUUUUUUUGUAUGCCGAUUUGUCCAAUACGUUCGUAGUGUUUCGAUGCCGUAUUCUAUCUCAUUCCGACCUGGGGGACGCACAAUUGAUUGGCCGAGGAAAAACGACUUGGUUUCUGCCGAAGAGUGUCUGCUUCCCCUCCCCUCGAUGAAGCGCUGCGAUGCCCUCUGAUUUUGUCUCCCUCCUCAGCUCGGAUCUCGAUCUCAAUUCCCCCAAAUCUCUCUACUCUAAAGAGUCUGUAUAUGACCUCCUCCCCAAAGAGCUCCAGCUCCAGCAGUCAUCCACCCAGACCGACUCAACCACCAUGAGCCAGAAGAGCGGGGGAGAGGCGGGGCCUCCUCCAUCGGCAGCCUUGGCUUCAGAUGCCACAUCUUCCACCUCCAACCCCUCUGCCUCCUCCUCCUUGGCCAUGGGAGCCCCAAGCUCCGUUGGCCCGUCCUCUUCCGACCAUCUCAAGGCCCCCCAGCAUCUUCACCCGACUGGAGGGGAUGGAGCUGUAGCGUCAGAAGUCAUGGAGGCAGGAGCUAUGUCUGCUCCCAACAGGAGCAACAGUGGAGCUGGCACUGCAGCUGGAGAUCCUGGGUCAGGUCUAGGAGUUCAGCAGCCUCAAAACACUCCAUCAAAGCGGAGACCUGUAUUGAGCAUAUCCCCGCCACCUGAGGACCUGUUCGAUGACAGUCAGAUGUCCUGCUUAGAAGAGACCCCUGGAGCCGGGGCACCGGGGCCAGAGUCCGAGCAAAGCAGUAGCAUAUGGGCCGAUGACUCGGUUUCCAACUUCAGUUUGGUUAGCUCCUUCUCCUACAACGACAACACAGAGGUGCCGCGCAAAUCAAGAAAACGAACCCCUCGCCAGCGGCCGGGCCCCAAGCCUGCUCCCCCAGAGGACAGCAUGGAUGUGUUUGACGCUGACAGUGCCAAGGCGCCUCACUUUGUCCUGUCCCAGCUCGGCCCGGACAAAACUAGUCCCGUGACCAGCUCUCUCGAGUCAGGGAUUGCGGUCAAGGGUGGAUCGCUAUCUACUCAGUUUCCUCAGAGAAGCAAUGGGAAGGAGCUAAAGAUGUUGGUGCAGCCUGAGACCCAACACAGGGCUCGAUAUUUGACCGAGGGCAGCCGAGGUUCUGUCAAAGACCGCACACAACAAGGAUUCCCUACCAUCAAGUUGGAGGGUGUUAGCGAGCCAGUCGUGCUGCAGGUGUUCGUAGCAAAUGACGCAGGCAGAGUGAAGCCUCACGGUUUUUACCAGGCAUGCAGAGUGACUGGUCGCAACACCACUGCGUGUACGGAAGUAGACAUUGAGGGCACCACUGUUAUCGAGAUUCCACUGGAGCCCAGCAAUGAUAUGACACUUGCGGUGGACUGCGUAGGAAUUUUGAAGCUCCGUAACGCUGAUGUGGAGGCACGUAUUGGUGUGGCAGGAUCCAAAAAGAAGAGCACCCGGGCUCGAUUGGCCUUUAGAGUCAGCAUUCCCCAGACGGAUGGAUCCACCCUCACCCUACAAGUCACCUCAUCACCUAUUCUCUGUACUCAACCAGCGGGAGUACCAGAGAUCCUGAAAAAGAGUCUCCACAACUGCUCUGUAAGAGGAGGAGAGGAAGUUUUUAUCAUUGGAAAAAACUUUCUCAAGGGAACCAAAGUUAUUUUUCAGGAGAAUAUUGCAGAUGAUAGCUCCUGGCAAGCUGAAGCUAAUAUUGACAUGGACCUUUUCCAUCAGAAUCAUUUGAUUGUCACAGUUCCUCCCUUCCACAACCAAUCAAUAACUUCGCCAGUUUCUGUGGGGAUUUUUGUGAUGACCAAUGCUGGUAAAUCACAUGAAGCUCAACCUUUUACAUACUCUCCAGACUCAGCUGAUAAUACAGAUGCUCAAGCAGUAAAAACUGAGGAACCUUCCUUCAAGACAUGUAUAUUUGACGGUCAGAUCCAAACUGUGUCUUCUGACCAAACUGAAUGCUCUAGUCAGCCUGUGAAAAGGCAAGAAGACACACCGAUGGAAGUCUCUAGCAAUCCACAGCCCACAAACGUGUUCAAGCAAUCGCCUGGCCCGGUUGUUUCAGUGCAGCAGACACUUGAGCUCAGCUCUAGCUCUCAUUCAAGCGGGGAGUCAUUUCAGAGCUCUAUGCCCCUACAACCUGAGGAUGUAGAGCUUCCCCAGGCACCCUCUGUCUUUCCUAGUCUAGAGUCUCUAAACACAAUACAAAAACAAGACAUUGCCCCAACAGCAUCCUUUCCAAUGUCAGGAGAUCCAACCAUCCCCCCGGUGACACCAGAAGUCCCCCAGCAGUUCCUUAGAGACCCUCAGGAAAGCAUCCCUUCUGAAAAUUCUACCAGUGGUGGGGUUGUGGUUGUAGCCAUGUCCCAAAUAGCAGCACCCUCUCCGCCCCAGCCACAGCAGUCACAAGUUCCAUUAUUUGCCCAGGAAGGCGUAGCUCAGCUGGAGAGGGCAGUAAGGGAGCUCCAGGCUGGAGGUAACACCACACUCCAGCAGGUUAUAGAGGCAGCUGUAGCCCAGCAGCAGCAGCAACAACAACAACAACAGCAGCAGCAACAGCAGCAGCUAAAUUCAGUGCUUUAUAGCCCUACAUCCGCUGCAGACACACUUCAACAGCAUGUCCAAGAGAACAUGAAUAGUCUUAGGUUGGGCGCUACAGAUAGUUCACUGUCACCACAGCAACAGCUGCAGAUACAGCAACAGCAAAUGCAACAACAGCAUCAGCAAAUGCAACAACAGCAGCAGCAACAGCAGCAAAUGGAACAGUUUCAACAACAGCAAAUACUUGGUAACCUUCAACAGCAACAACAUCAUCUCCAGCAGCAACAGCAGCAAGUCCUUGGAAACAUGCAGAUUCAACAACAACUUCUACUACAGCCGCAAGACCAACAGCAACUACAGCAGCAACAAAUUCUGGAAAACAUUCAACAACAACAACAACAGUUGCAGCAGAGCCAGCAACAAGUUCUAAACAACAUCCAACUUCAAGAUCAACAACAAAAUCAAAUUUUAAGCAAUUUACAACAGCAUCAGUUACAACAGCAACAGAGCCAAGCACUGAGCAACCUGCAGCAACAACAGUUGCAGGAACAGCAAGUUUUAGAAAACCUGAAGCAGCAAUUUCAGGCCGAGUUGCUCCAGCCUCAGAUCCAUUCCAAUCCCCAAGUCCAGCAGCCGGUCUCCCUCCUUCAGCAACCUGGUGAAAUGCUUACCAUCCAAACCAGCUUCCCAACACAGCCACCAUCGCAUACGUCACCCCCACAGCAGCUAUUCCAGUCGCCCAGGCCUAUUGCAGAGACCCAGAGUUCCCAACAGCAGGUUCAAGCCGCACUCCUCCAGAACACCCUGACAGUCUUGACAGGCGGCAACCUCAACACAGAGCAACAAUCCACUGGGUCAGCCCUGUAUCUAUCGCCGAGCUCUCAGUCUCAGCAGCAGCAGCAAUUGGCAUUCAUUUCCACCAUGGAGACGUCCAACAGUCAGCCCCAACCCGUUGCCAUGUUUCAUAACCAGCCUCAAGCUCAGCUUUCGCAAAUGCAACAGCAGAGCACCCCUAUGGAACAUCAGCAAUCACCGCAGCAAAAUCAACAGCAGUCAUCGCAACUUUCCAUUGGCCAACAGGGCUCCUUGUUCCAAAGCAUACCGAACCAUUCGCAAGCUAGCUCCCUCCCCCAGAAUCAGCUCUCCCAGCCACAACAGACAGGUCUCCUCCUCUGCACGGCAGAUCUAAAUCCUCAAACUAUCAUUUUCAGCACCCAGACCCAAGGAUCAGCUCCAAUGGGCAGCAUCCCAGUUGGACUUUCCCAACCAGAAACAGCCGAGCCAAUGUCCUUCCAGGAUCAGAGCUCCUUGGCUAACACCUCGACAUCCACUCAGAACCAACAGCAAAGCAUUUUUCAGGAACAGCAGCCCAUGCAAGUGGGCACAAGUUCUUCUAGUGUCCCCAACAAUCAAUCUGUGGAGCUAUUCCUGCCCCAGGCGUCCCUGUCUGGCCUACAGAGUACGCUCGGUUCGCAGGAGCUAAACAACCAGGCUACAGCUCCUGGCACGACCAUUUUUGUGGUCCAAAGUACUGUAGGCGUGGUGGACAGCCCGGGCCAACAGCCCCCAGAACAGCUUUUCCAGACGAACGUGGGGGAAAAUGUGGCCCAGCGAGGACCAGCCAACUUGUUUGUGUUUGGCAUCCAGAAUGACACUCCCCAGCUGCUCAACUCAUCUGGCUCAACCCUUCCAGUUCAGAACCAGUCCCAGAACACAGGCCACAUGCAGCCCCUCAUGGAACAACCCUUGGCCCAGGCAGCACCAACCAUGCACAGCAGUCUACAGAGCAGCCUGCAGGCACACAUGCAGACCAGCCUGCAGAACGCCAUGCAGGCCAACACCCAGGUGACCCUGCAACCCGUUUUACAGGCCAACAUAGAAACAAGCCUGCCAACUCCCAUGCAGACCAAUCUUCAGAUACCGAGCAGUUUACAGAAUACACUGCAAGGCUCCAUAUCGGCGGCGGCCGACAUGGGCAAAAUUGAGGACCUACUGGAAAGUCUGCAGAAGCAGUGACGUUUGUGUACGUGCGGACCACGUGGAGAGAAGGUAGCCAUGUUCUCCUAAAGUCGACCUUGACUGGCUGACGCAUGGUGUUUUGUGCCAAUGCCACAAAAUUUGAAAAUAAGUAUAUUUAAGAAAGAAAUGCCCCCCUUUACCUUAAAAAACAAAAACAAAUGAGCUUAUGUAACUCACUUUUAUUAACUAUUUAUCAUAAAUUAUAGCCUUUGUAUAUCCAUUGUCCUUGAAUUGAUGUUCUGCCUUUUGUUAUUACCCCUCUUGCAGGAUCAGAGAGGCCUGUAAUAACUGCUUUAGUCGUAAAAAAUGCAGUGUUUUGCUUUUCAAGAGUGUUUUAAUAUUGUGGGCCUAGGAGAGGGGGGCAAAUCAACCUGUUUUUUUGGAUGAAAAAACUGGAAGGAAGAAUGUCAAAACUGGGGGAACUUCUAGAGCAGUGAGCAGGCAAAAGUCGCUUUCACAGUUAGGCAAGGACUAAAACUGAUUGUAGACAAACAUUGGGCUGAAUCUCAUUUUUUGGAGUGUGGAACCUCUAAAAAUAUCGACUUUGCUUUGAAGGGUGAUUCUUGCAGAUUCUUUGCUUUUUUCACUGAAAUCUGCUCUAAUGUUAUGUAUAUUUGAAGGGAAGGCACUUUGAAAAUAAAUCCACAAACUAUUACAGUGAAUCCCAAUUAUUCCAAGGGGUGUGUAUGUUCCAGACCCACUCCUGUAAAUCUGCAAUCUACAAAGGACCAUAGUGGAACCUCAAUUUGAUGGACCUGGAACCAACAGACUCUAGAUUUAACAUUCAAAAUCUGCUGCAAUAGUAAUGGCUUACUGAAACUCAAAAUGUCUGCUCGUAACAAGCCGUGUAAAAAGGCUUCGAAUGACGAUGCCGCUUCUGAGCAUGCGGCUGGGCUGGGAGCCUAAGGUCGCCUACUCGACAUCCGCUGUUUAAUAGAACGCUCGUCUUUUACUCACAUUUGUUAAAUAUUCUAUACUAUUUGGGGGUAAAAUAAGUAUACAGCGCACUAACCAUGCUGUUGUGGACAAAUUAGGCUCUCUGUGGCUAUUGUGAAGGCUCACUAUACAUUUUGGGCAUUUUCAUCCCAUCAAACCCAUCAAAGCAAUGUUUAAAGGUUUAGUAAAAACAUAUCCAAUAUUUUCAAUUAAGAUUUAUUUACAAUAAGUUUUUUUUAGCAUGGGUGCUACUGUCAUUAUAAACCUUAAAGCAACUUCUUUAAAGCAUGAUACAGUAACACGUACAGAGCAUACAGCAAAAGAAAGCUAACUCGAAAAAUAUUUGUAUUUUCUCUAAAAAUGUCCGCUUGCUUAAUGCUAACAUAAACCAAUAAUAACGUUUAGACUGGCUGAAGGAAAUUCAUGUAGAUGUUAUGUUAAUUCUAACACUUCUGAACUGUUUGCUUAAUGAUCUGCGAUAUAUCCGGGAACUCAACUGAUGAAUUGAAACAGAGUGGGGUUCACUGUAAUAGUCAAAAGUAUUAUGAAGCACAUUUGUCUUCAUUGACUCAAGUUGAACACUCCUGAAUGAGAUUGAACCCGGUUGAAUACUGUGACUUCUAUCUGUAUUUCCAAACAACUAUGAAGUUUGAUCUUUUUUCCCCCAACUAUGUGGAUAGAAACUUUAUACUUUGAGUGUUGUGAUUUUAUAGACAUUUUAUCUCAAGCACUUUAUAACCUCCUCUGUGUAACCAGCUAAUCCUUACAUCCAUCCAUGCAUCCAUCCACACAAGGAAACAUAAACAUGCAUUACAAUGGUAAGAGGGAGGGGGGGCAGUCUUUACGAUAAAAACAUAACUGAGCAGCUUAUCAAUAGUUUGAACGUUUAGGCCGACUUAGUAUUGAAAGAUUGAAAAAUAUAUCUUAGGUUUUACUGUAAUGGCAUAUGAGGGCCAUAUUUAAAAUCCCAGAAUUCCCUUGCAAUUAUAAUACAGAAUAACAUCUUAAGAGGGUUGAAUGUCACUAUAAGAAGUCAGAAUAUUACGAGAAUGAACUCAUGAAGCUGCUCGUCAAAUUUUUUUUUUUUUUUUAUUCCAACAUUAUCCGAAACAUUGCGACUUUUUUGCCCCCAAUUUUUCAGUGGCCCGAAUACUGCUCGGCAGUUCAGUCCGGACGUGUACAUAUCGGCCAUUCCCUUGCAGUCGUUAUUUGAAUCCGUAUUGUCCAGUCCCGUGUUGGCUGUUGUUAUUUUCUUUCUUUUUCCCCAUAGAUGUAACAUUGAAGUGUGUUUUUUUUUUUUUUUGUUCAUACUGUUUUACCCCGUGUUUGUGGAAGUUUUAAAGAGUAGGCAGGCAGCACAUGAUGUUGGCACCUUCUGACUUUUUCUUGAGUAACUACAAUGUUGGACGUGUUCAUUUUGGUUCUGUGGUGCCAUGUUUGGGCACCGGAAUAAUCAGUGUGAUAACAUUUAUCGUCUUCUGGUUGUUGCUUUGAAGCAGUGGUCAAACCAAAGCUCCUGACGUUUUAUUUUUAUUUUUAAAAUGCCCUCAUCAUCGUGUCUGCUCAUUUCUACUUGCAACUGUUGAGUAUACAGUCCAGAGAAAUAUGUUUUAAAGGGUACUCUAAAGAACAUUUCUGCCAAUCUGAUCAUUCAAAAACAGCGUCGCAACAUCACGCUGCUGUACGUACUUAAGCAUAUCUCUAACAACGUCAAAAAAUGGUGUUUCACUCAUUUGUUUACAUUUUUCAUCUUUACUCUAGUCCUGUCGCUGUCCGUGAUCCAUUUUAAAGUAAAUUAUCUUUUUUAGACUUUUGUAUCCAUAUAUCAAAGUGUAGAGUAUUUUUGUAACUUAAACAAACGAAAGGUGUUAUUUGAGUCUCACAAUGCAGAAUAGUUAUCGGGGCUGGUAUUUUGCCCGAUAGCUAGCACAGGUGUGUUGUGCUCAAAGUAAGUCCAGAUUGAACUGACUUUUUUUUUUCUUGUAUACAGGGGAUCCUUGGUUUACGACUGAGUGUUGGUCAUACGGUGGUGACUUAACCCAAAUUUGUAUGUAAUAUGUGGUCUGUCAGAAACUUAUAGUAAUAAAGCCAUAAUUACAGUUAAUAUUAGUUUUAAAACGCUUUUGGGACACAAUUACAAAAUUAAUAAAAUAGUUGCAUCCAUCUAUUGGUUUGAUAGUCUUGCAAAUAUUGACAACAGUGUUUUUACUUCUGAAAAAUGACCACUUUUUCAACUUUUGGGAUGCG